GACAGCCCGUUGGCCCGCAGCGUCCAAAGCAUUCAAUCAAGCCUGAAAUCAAGCCCAAAACUUGAAAAGGGCACAUUUUCGGAUUCGCCAAUUCAAAUCUUGAAACUAAAUGACGCCUGUGUCUGAGACCCUGCUGCCACAUACCGCAACGCUGGACGAUAGACGACGGCCACAAAUUAGCCAACGCCAACCAGUCGAAGACAUCCAAGUCUAGGCCAAGAGGGAGAGCUUUGUGAAAAGAACCCAACCGAACCAAAAUCGGGAGAAACAUCAAAAGGACUGCUGAACAACGUGUGUGUGUUUGAGCGUCUGCGACUAAUUUUUCGAGAGCGCCAAAGGAUUCAUUAAAAAACCGCCAACCUGGAACUAAUGGAAUUAGAGAAUAUUGUGGCCAAUACGGUCUACUUAAAAGCGAGAGAAGGUGGUUCCGACAGCAACAAGGGAAAGAGCAAAAAAUGGCGCAAAAUAUUGCAAUUCCCACACAUAUCGCAAUGUAUCAACCUAAAAGACAAACUAGAUAUAAGUUAUGGCUACGUGAUAGAUCAGCAACCCAUUGGUCGUGAGCUCUUUCGCCAGUUCUGCGAGAACAAGCGGCCCAUCUACUUUCGGUACAUAACCUUCUUGGAUCAGGUGGUCAAAUAUGAAAUCGAGUACAUCGUGAACCGGAUAUUCAUUGGCCAUGACAUCGGGCGCCGCUUUCUGGACAUCGAGCCGCAGCUGGAGCUGCGCAACGGUGGUGGUGGGGAUGCCCUGGACGCUGAGGCGCAGGAGGAGCUGCUACUCAACAGCAGCAAUGCCAAUCCAACUGAAACAGCUGAGACUGAAAACUGCAACAAUACCACCGCCAACAACUGCAACAACAUCAACAGCAAGAGCAGCACCAACUCGCACAGCAGCAGCAUCAAUCACAAGAAGCUGGACACGCGCAACCACAAUGGGGACGACGCCACCGGGAAUGGUAGUAAUGACGACGGCGACGAAGGAGUCGAAUGCCUGGACAGCCACGAGGACAAUGGUCCGGAGAAGAGCAGCGGCGAUGGCGAUGGCGGCGGCGGUGGUGGUGGUGGUGAAGACGGUGGCGGCGGGAAUGGCACUACCACCUGCGGGGGAUCUGCCGACGAACUCGUUCUGGACGUGCUCAACGAUGAUCUCAUAGCGCAAGUGCGUACCAAACUGAACAGCGGCGGCAAGGACAUCUUUGCCCAGUGCGUGAACGCAGUGAAGUCUUUUCUGGCUGGAGAACCGUUUCGGGAGUUUGAGAACUCUAUGUACUUUCACCGAUACUUGCAGUGGAAGUGGUUGGAGGCCCAGCCAAUCACCUAUAAAACGUUUCGCAUGUACCGAGUCCUUGGCAAGGGCGGCUUCGGCGAGGUGUGCGCCUGUCAGGUGCGGGCCACUGGUAAAAUGUACGCGUGCAAAAAGCUGGAGAAAAAACGCAUCAAGAAGCGCAAGGGCGAGUCCAUGGUGUUAAUCGAGAAGCAGAUUCUGCAGAAAAUCAACUCACCGUUCGUGGUUAAUCUGGCCUACGCAUACGAGACCAAGGACGCCCUCUGCCUGGUGCUGACCAUAAUGAAUGGCGGCGAUUUGAAAUUCCACAUUUACAAUAUGGGCGGUGAACCGGGAUUCGAGCUGGAACGUGCCCGCUUCUACGCGGCCGAGGUGGGCUGCGGGCUGCAGCACCUGCACAAGCAGGGCAUCGUCUAUAGGGACUGCAAGCCGGAGAACAUCCUGUUGGACGACCAUGGCCAUGUUCGAAUCUCCGACCUAGGACUGGCCGUGGAGAUACCCGAGGGCGAGAUGGUGCACGGCCGGGUGGGCACAGUGGGUUACAUGGCUCCCGAGGUCAUCAACAACGAGAAGUAUGCCUUUUCGCCGGACUGGUUCAGCUACGGCUGCCUGCUGUACGAGAUGAUCGAGGGCCAAGCGCCGUUCCGAAUGCGGAAGGAGAAGGUCAAGCGCGAGGAGGUGGACAGACGUGUUAAGGAGGAUCCCGAAAAGUAUUCGAGCAAGUUUAGUGAUGAAGCCAAAUCUAUGUGCCAACAGCUGUUAGCUAAAUCGAUAAAGCAGCGCCUGGGCUGCCGGAACGGGCGCAUGGGUGCGCAGGAUGUGAUGGCCCACCCGUUUUUCCACUCCACCCAGCUGAACUGGCGCCGCCUGGAGGCUGGUAUGCUGGAUCCGCCCUUUGUGCCAGACCCGCACGCCGUUUAUGCCAAAGAUGUGCUCGAUAUUGAACAGUUCUCGACGGUGAAGGGCGUCAAUAUCGAUGAGUCCGACACCAAUUUCUACACGAAAUUCAAUACGGGCUCUGUGUCGAUAUCCUGGCAGAAUGAAAUGAUGGAAACCGAAUGUUUUCGGGAGCUGAACGUCUUUGGUCCGGAGGAGUGUCCCACGCCAGACUUGCAGAUCAACGCAAUACCCGAACCGGACAAGGCGGGCUGUUUCCCCUUCCGUCGGAAGAAGAAGCAACCAGCUCGCACGCAGCCCAUACCCAUUCCCGAACAUCUGUUAACUACUAGUCACAGCGUGUCCUCCACGACUGUGGAGAGCUGAUAGCAUAGAUCAGUGGAAGAGUCCUCUAAACGGACGCCAGAUGAGGACGUCAACACAUAGCACAAUUUGCGCACAGUUACCCCAGACGCCGGGGUAUUCAACAAAUGAAGCAAAUGAACAUCAUAGCACAACUUAGGUCAUGGACAACAUGACCAAAACGCAAUUACAAACCCAGAACCGAUAGCGGUUUCUUACUCAGUUGACGCGCAAAACCAUUUUUCAAAUUGUACUUUUACAUAAAGUUUUCUAAGGAAAUUGCGAGCUCAUUUCAAUGACUACAUAAAUACAUGCAUAAAUUUAUAAAUGUUUCCACACCACACCAGACUCAGACUCUCCACACUUACAGUGAAGCACACAUUAGAGCGUUACUUAAUUGAAAUUGUGGUUGCAUAAAGCCCGCUCACCCUACCACUUCGAGAGCUAAUGCCGCUUCUAGGGCAUAUACGCCAAACUAAGGAACCAACGUUUAAGAAAGCUGCACCUCGAAUUGGCCGCCAGUCUGUCACAGCACCCGCAAACAAUGUUACUUAUAAACAAGGCUAUUUAAAUGUUGAAAAAAAAUCGAUCACCUAUAAAACCAUCAUCAGCAUAAGCAGGAUAACCGAAGAAGCACUAUCUAAGCACAAGGCAGACA